GCAGCUUUGCGCGGAUAAACAGCAGCUGUGCGCCGCGGAGCAACGAAACGGAAACCCAAGGACAAAAAACAUUUCCAACGAACGCUUUAAAAGGAAAUAAUCUUCCAGACUCGCAUCCAUCAGAUAAUCUAAAAUACUUUAACGAUCUUAACCACACGACCGGAGCACCCCCGCCUCCGUGAAGCUGCAUAAACAUCCCGGAGUGUUUUUUUUUGUUUUCCGCACAGACGCAGACGACUCCCUCCUGCUCGGCAGCGGCCUCCAUUUUAGCUCCUUGCCCGGUCGGUGCCUCACGUGUCCUGGACUGUCUUUCUCACAUGACCCGUGUGUUUGUCCCCGUGAUCAGCGCUUCCAUCUCCGUAAAUCAGUGUCGUUGAAUAGCAACGUUUUUACACCCGCAGAAGCUUCAUGGAUAUGCUGGAGCAGAGUCUGGACAGCUCGGCGAGUCACGACAAACAGGAAACGGAAGAGGUGGUGCAGUUACAGGAAGGAGAGACGGUGGGGGCGGAGGAGCAGACUGCAGUGACCAUCACUGGCGUCCCGCAGGCUGCGUUCGCUGACAAUGUGCAGUACCAGUUCCGCACAGAGAACAGUGGAGGACAGGUGACGUACCGUGUGGUUCAGGUGACAGACGAUCAAUUAGAAGCAACAGCUGAUGGGACUGGAGCUGUCAGCGUCGUCUCCGCUGCAGCGUUUGCAGGAGCUUCUCAGGCUGUGGCACAGGCUGUUAUCCAGAACCCUUUCAGUAACGGGGGCAGUCCUGGCGGGGAGACCGUGGGAGGAGAGACACGUUUCGCUUAUUUUCCUGCCGCCACCGUCAGCGAUGGAACAGCCGUGUCCGUGCAGGCCACCGCUGACCCAACGAUAGCACAGGCAGGAGGCCAGUUUUACGUGAUGAUGAGCCCCCCUGAGGUGCUACAGACGGCAGCUCCUCGUACCAUCGCACCGCGCACACACACCUACACUGCAGACCUUGGUGAAAGCGAGAUGUUGCAGCAUGGCAGUUCAGACUGGAAGGUGGACGGUCCACGGGCGCCCCGAGAUGAGCGGCGAAGAGCACAGCACAAUGAAGUGGAAAGAAGAAGAAGAGACAAGAUUAACAACUGGAUUGUAACACUUUCAAAAAUCAUCCCUGACUGUAGCAUAGACAGCAGAACUGGAGCGAGUAAAGGAGGCAUCCUGUCCAAAGCUUGUGACUACAUCCGAGAGCUGCGUCAGAGUAACCAGCGACUGCAGGACAGUUACAAAGAGGUGGAGCGAGUGGAGAUGGACAACGAGCUGCUAAGACAACAGAUUGAGGAACUGAAGAAUGAUAACGCGCUGCUUCGAGCACAGCUACAGCAGCACGGCGUAGAAGUCAGUGGAGAUGCAACAUCACAGUGAUUGUGGACUGGACACAUGAAACCUCACAAACACAAUGUCGCAUCCUCCCACCCACCUGAACAAUACCAUGAAAGGAAUGACAAUGAUUGACAAUUUCCAUCCGAAACUGGACCACACAAACGCACACCGGGCUCGAGAAAAACACUGAAGGACUGCAAGGGCCUCCUCCACCUCCAGCUGUUCAAGGCUGAACACUCUAAAAUCCGUUAGCUGUGUAGCUAACUGAACCUCUCACCUAUGCUUCAAGGAAUACGACCUCAGCACCGCACCACCAAGCUUGCACCAAACUUUCUUUUUACUUUAAAUUAUGAACCUGCCACAGAAAAUUUACUUUUAAUGAUUUCACCUUUUUUAUUGUACCGCAAACUUCUCCUCCUACUUCUUCCUUUUUUUUAGUUGUUGUUGACUUUUGCGGUGUUUGAAACUACUAAAUGUGACAUGAAUGAUAGCUCCCAUUUACUUUUUAAUUUAUUAGUGUUUAAGGAAUGUGUACGCAGAAAGAAAAGCUGAUUCUAGAAUUUACUUUCCCCAGCAACAAACGCAUAAUGGGCAAAUCAGAUAUUUUGAUCAUGCUCAUCACUGUUACUAAGGAUAGUUUUACUGUCUGUGGAUAAUGUGUAUAUAGUUUAUCUGUGUACAAUUUGAGGUAACUUUUUUUAAUGCCUGCCUCUUUACACUGACACUCCAAGCACCAGGCAGAGCUCACACAUUUUAUAAACAUAAUCCAAUGUCGGUAAAAAAACAAAACAACUCCUACUUCUCUGAAAGUCAAAGUAACAGCAGCUUGAUAGCACAGGCAUGGAGGUUUUAUUUUUUUGGUGCAAGGCCUUAAUAAAAGCCUGUUGGGAGAGUCUAGGUGUUAACAUAGCUCAGGUAAUGGGGAUAGUGCACUGGCAAAGUGGUUCCCAGACUCCAUGAAGUCUUUACAUAUAGAGUUUAGAUCUCUCUUGUGUUCCCAUUAGGUGCAAUGUACAGAUACAUGAGAAUAGGGGGAUCAUUUUUAACGGGCAUUAAACUAUGGUUGGUUUGUAUCUGCUAAUAAAUCACUGGUGUAAUGCACUGAAAUAGAGGUUCAGUCAUGAGAGGUGGUUAAGAGACCAGCCUCUGUUUGGUCCAAUAGUCCUGCUGCAUUUUAGUGGAAACCUGAGUUGGCUUUUUCUGCAAUCUUCCCUAAUUGUUUGAAACUUUGGGAACCUUUGCUGCUGACGGAAGACCUUAAAACAAUCAUGGUCAGGAAUGUGCUGAGUAGUUUGGAAGCGAGCGAUGAUGAUAGUAACUAACCAGCUUUGUCUACACUGAAAGUCACCACAGCAUGGAAAUAUAACCACUGGCAUGACUAAUUCUGAUACUACAAUAAAACAAAAGUGUUUAUACCCGA